AUGACUACUAGAAAUCAAGAAGUGGAUCGCAUUGCGAGGGAUGUCAGUCGUUUGGAUGAGUUUACAGCCCAAACUCAGGAGAGUUUGCUAAGCUUGAAAGCAACUUUUGAUGCGAUGCAAGCAACAUUCUCAAAGAUGGAGCAACAAGGAACAAUGGUACAAAGGAAUGAAGGUGAUAGAACCGGUAACAAUCGAUUAACAAAGGUUAAAUUUCCAAAAUUCAAUGGUGAUGAUGUAGAAGGCUGGUUGUAUAAGUGUGAACACUUCUUUUCAAUUGAUGAAACUCCUGAAAGAUACAAAGUCAGAUAUGCUGCUGUGCAUUUAGAAGGAAGAGCUUUGCAGUGGCAUCAAGGGUUUAUGAAGUCUACUAGGAAACAGAUCUGUGAUGUAACUUGGGAUGAAUAUACUAGGAAUGCAUCUACUAGAUUUGCUGCAACACUAAUAGAAGAUGCUCUAGGUGCACUCAAGGUGUUAACUCAAACUGGUGAUUUAGAUGAGUACUGUGAUAAGUUUGAUCUACUUCUAAACAAGGUAACUUUACCUGAUGAAUACACAAUCAGUUUAUUCAUUGAAGGGCUGAAACCAGAAAUUAAGUGCCAUGUUAAAAUGUUUAAGCCAAAAACCUUAAGAGAGACUUAUUCUUUGGCUAGACUACAAGAGCAAACAAAUAAGACACUGGGUUGGGAUAGUUUGAAUGUUACCAGCUCUAAUGGGUACAAAUAUAACUCUACAAGAACCAAUAAUUUGACUAGUAUUGCUAAGCAGCCUGUGCUAGCAACACCUGUCAAUUCAGCCCCAUCAAAUGCAUUAGUGCCAAAGAAAGUCACAAAUAAGUAUAUAGAUGAUAAAAGGGCAAAAGGGGAAUGUUUUUACUGCAAUGAGAAGUAUGUAGCAGGUCAUAGCAGAGUUUGUAAGGGUAAGAAACAGUUGUUUUUAGUGGAAGUGGAUGAAUAUCCUGAAGAUGAGGAGUUGGAAGGAUUAGAGGAAGAAUCUUCUGUGCAGGGUGAUCCACAUAUUUCAUUGAAUGCCCUUAUGGAUAUUCCUUCUUAUUCCACUAUGCAAGUCAUAGGAACAAUUGGUACUAAACAAUUGUAUAUUCUGCUGGACAGUGGAUCUACCCACAAUUUCAUGAGCUGCACUUUGGCUCAAAAAUUGAAGUGUCCAGUCAAACAGAUCAACAAUGUACAAGUUACUGUGGCAGAUGGUAAUAAAGUAGAGUGUGUAAACGUGUGCAAGGAUUUUCAAUGGGUCAUGCAAGGCAACUGGUUCACUGCUGAUAUGUUAGUUAUUGAUCUCAAUAACUAUGAUAUCGUGCUGGGCAUUCAGUGGUUGGAAACCCUGAAUGACAUUAUAUGGAACUUUAAAAAUUUGACUAUGAGGUUUAAUGUGGCUGGUCAAGAUUUUGAGUUAAAAGGAACUAAGAAACAAGGAGUGAGCUUAUGUUCAAUGGAGAAAAUGGCAAUGAUGAUCAAAUCACAAGUCAAUUUGGUGCAAGCUCAACUAUUCACCAUGCAAGAUCCAGUAGGAGAGCACUAUAUGUACCAACCAAGAAUUGGAGAGGGUCAGACUCAUGAAGGGCUUAGCAACCUGUUACAAGAAUAUGAAGAUGUGUUUGAAGUACCUAAAGGAUUGCCACCUUCAAGACCCUUUGAUCAUAAAAUUGUGUUAAAAGAUGAUAAGGUGAAUUUGAACCUUAAACUUUAUAGGUAUCCGGGAGCUCAAAAGGAUAUCAUUGAGCAAAUGACUCAAGAACUGUUGGAUUCAGGAGUAAUAAGGCAUAGCAGCAGUUCAUUUGAUGCACCAGUGGUUCUUGUAAAAAAGAAAGAUGGCUCUUGGCGAAUGUGUGUGGAUUAUCGAAGACUUAAUGAGGCAACAGUCAAAGAUGUAUUUCCUAUUCCCUUAAUUGAAGAGCUGCUGGAUGAGUUACAUGGAGCUAGCAUAUUUUCUAAACUGGAUCUUAGGUUAGGUUAUCAUCAGGUUCGAAUGUAUGAACCUGACAUAUAUAAGACAGCUUUUAAGACAUAUCAAGGGCAUUUUGAAUUUUUAGUCUUACCAUUCGGCCUCACUAAUGCCCCAGCUACUUUCCAAUCGUUAAUGAAUGCUACAUUCAAGGAUGUUUUAAGGAAGUGUGCACUAGUGUUUUUUGAUGAUAUUCUAGUCUAUAGUGGCACUUGGCGGCAGCAUCUGUUGGACCUUCAAACCGUGCUUCAUUUAAUGAGAAUUAAUUCUCUUAAAGCCAAAAGGUCUAAAUGCUCCUUUGCAGGGGAUAAAGUUGAAUAUUUAGGCCACAUUAUAACUAAGGAGGGGGGUUUUCACUGA